AUGCGAGCCGCUGAUGAACGCCGGUCGCGGUCCCCGGCCACUCGUCGAAAUGGCACGCUACAGUCAUGCGAGCCGUGUCGGCGGUCGAAGCAGCGAUGCGACCACGAACGGCCCGUUUGUCGCAGGUGCACGGCGAAAAGGAUCACGGACCAAUGUUUCUACCAUCCAGCCCCGAUGACCCGCCGAAGGGCCUCGGACCAAAAUAGUUCGAAUCCAAAUCUCCCGCCGUCAAGGAGACUGACUAGCCAGCCAACUUCGAGUGCCUCGAGCCCAGGCUCGGGUUCUUUGCAUGGCGGGCGUUUAUACGCACCCUUGGAACCGCCUUCUGCACUGCCAGGCUAUAUGGGCUCCACGAGCUUCACCGCGGUUCUGGCUGAGCAUCGCAAUGAGAUCGCGUUUGAGCAGGAGGAAAAUGUGGAGUCGUGCCCUGUCCUGGUAGUGGAACCAGAUCGGGUCCAGUCCGGGGCCGAAGUGUUGUUGUUCCUGUAUAAUCUAAAAGACCGCCGCAAGCUGGUUGACAAGUUCUACCUGCGGGCAUGGAAUGCGGUUGUACCCAAGAUGGUUGUCGAUGCUAUCAUGGACUCUAUUGACGAGAUCUUUACCGGGUUUAACGCCAACGAUUUGAUGCCCCAACUGCAGAGCCUAGCAACUAAGAUUUUUCAAAAUUCCUCGCGAGGGUUGACUACGCAUCAAUCCAUGACUAUAAAAGAGUAUUGUGAUUCAUUCACCGGACGCAAUUUUCGUUGGGAGGCGCUCGGGAACAUCUUUACUUUGUGCGGGCAGCAGCUGGUGAUCACCGCCGAAAAUGACCCUGCAGUCACCGAGGGCGAUGAUCCAGGAGCUAAGGAUCGACUGUUGGAACAAGUGACUGUGGCCAGCACGAUUUGCCUCAAUUUCUGCGAUCAGGCCUCCGCUGCCAAUGAAAUGCUGGCAUAUCUGCAAUAUAACGAUGUCAUGCUACGAACACAAUUAUACGGAGAUUCGAUUGAUCAGGCUAUCAAGCAUGGCGUCGUCUUGGUGAUCUCACAGCUACAAUCUACGCUGCUGUGGCGUCGAUGCUGCUUUACAUCGGCAUUCUAUAUGGACAAAAUGAUGGCUACAUUCGUUGGCCGCCCACCGCUCCUGAACUACCGAUACUGCACGUUGACCCCUCCUUUGGAUCUAAGUGAUGAAGCCCUUGUAGAAGGGGGCGAGGUUCUGAACCAAGCUAUUUCUGAGCUUGACAGUGCAGGCUGGAGUACGAAGGGGAUUCGCCAUCGAAUGUCAACUGGGCGAAUUCGAUUUCAACUUUCUGUCUUUAGGGAAAGGACAUUGGAGAUCGCUUUGGGUAGUCAUGAACCGCGUGACCUAAUUCAAAAGUGCAAUGAAAUUCGGGAGGGCGUACGUGCAGUGUGGGAGUCGACUCCAGACCAUCUUCGUUAUGACCGAAGGCCAAGAGAUGAUUUCCACCACGGGUGGUUGACUAUCGUUUACCUCUAUCUCAACUACCUGUACACAUGCUUUCUGCUCCAGCGAGCUUUGAUCAAGCAUACAAAUACCGGGCAGGAGUCUCUCUGUGAAAUAUCACGCCAGGUUCUGGGCAUUGUGAAUAGCAUCACCGCCAUGCGCAAUCCAAUGGUGGAUCUUGACCGGCAUUAUUCUUGGAUUGCUCUUACAUAUGGUGUCCCAAGCUCCGGUGUUCUUUUACUUGAACUUCUACACCAGUCUCAUAAACCAGGGCCACAUAAUGUGGUACUUCCGCGCGCAGAGCUGGUCCGCAACCUGAGCGUGUUCAUUUCCAUGCUCUCUUGGAUUGCACGACCUGGACAUGGCAAUUAUCGCACAUGCAAAGAAGCUGAGAAGAACUUGUCUCGCAUCUUGGACCAGGUACUUGAUCCACAGCCAGUUCAUCCAGAGAUGGUGCAUGAUGUUACAUCCGAAUUAUCCAGUUUCUUGAACUGGUCAAACUACAACAGCUGGGACUUUAGCUCGGAAUACUUCCCGGCUGCAAAUGGGGUUGCCCCGUGA